CAGUCACAUGGGUUAUAUAAUAGCUGGGUCGUUGCUAAUUAUAGUAGUAUUCAUAAGCUCAACUGUUUUCUUCUACAGGAAGUAUUUUUCAAGGAAUAUUACAUCUUACCAGUUGAACACUGCACCCGAGCCCGUUAAUCUAGUGUCUAUGUUCUACGAUUUGGUUCCACCCAUUACUGUUACCACAGCCGUUACUAACAUAGAUUCCUUUGAGUCCUUAUCAAGAGAAGCGUUCUCCGCUUCUGUGCAGCCAGUUCCAGCAAUCAUGUACCAGCAGUUCCUUUCUAACCUACAAAUUGAUAUACAUGAUACUAUCGAUGAUCAUGUAAUUGGUAUUACCCCUGCUAUAGCUGCUGUUCGUGCUGUUGCACAUGAUGAAAUAAACGGUAAUGUUGAUGACAACAACGAUUCUGCUGAUGCUGUUGAACAACAUGAAAUAAACGAUAAUAUCGAUGAUAGUGACGACCACGACGCCAUUGGUGGUUAUGAUGAUAAUGAUGUGGAUGAUGGCUAUGCAAAAAUAAAAGAAUUAGUGAACUUACUCAAUCGCGUUGACGAUACUGGUUCUGGUAUUGAACGUAUAGAUGGCUGUAAUACGGCUUCCACAUCGAUAAGCUUUGCCAAACGAAAUGCAACGACGUCCUCCAGAACGACAAAUGUUUAUCAGAACCUCAAACCGCAGGAUGAAAUUCACGACUACGAGAAUACUGAUCCAAAAGACAUCGCUACUGUAGCAGCGAACUGUGACGAAAAUAGUAACACGACGCUAGACAGAACACCCAAUGUUUGUCAAAACCUUAAAAACAAAGUUCAUAGCCACGUUUAUGAAAAUAUAACUUCCGCAUGUACCACCGAUCAUGCUUCGCCAGUGAACUAUGACAAGCUCAAUGAAUCUACGCGUGACAGAAGAGUAAAUGUUUACCAAAAUCUUCCUACCAAUAUGCAAAGCCACGAUUACGUGAAUACGGCUUCCCCAAGCAUAUCUAGUCAAGCACUGCCUGUAAACUAUGACAAACUUGAUGAAGCAACGCGAGAUAGAACUGUCAAUGUUUAUCAAAAACUUAACAUCAACGUUCAAAGCCACGAUUAUGUGAAUACGGAUUCCCGAAGCACCAGUAGUCAAGCACUGUCUGUGACCUAUGAGAACCUUGAUGAAGCAACGCGGGACAGAACAAUCAAUGAAAAUCAAAGUCUUGGAACAAAGAUUGGAAGCCACGAUUAUGAAAAUACUGCUUCAACAUGUAUUACCACCCAAGUACAUCCUGUGACCUUCGAAAAUCUAAGUGAAGAGACGCGCGACAAAGCAUCCAAUAUUCACCAGAAUCUUGAAACCGAGGUCUAAAGCCACAGCUAUGGAAAUACUGUUCCACCAAUCACAGCUACUCAAUCGGUGUCAUCAUGAUUGGUAGAGAAACUGUGAAUCAAAGACCAGGCUCUUAUCAGGACCCAAAUAAACUUCUGUUUUAACUUGACUUUAUUGGGACGAAGGAAAAAGAUGAACCACACUCUCUCUCUCUCUCUCUCUCUCCUGACACCAACCACAUCGCACGGGACCUAAAUAAACAAUAAUUUAGAAUACGGCGAUGACAAUAAAUGGUAUUUGAAAACAACCGGUGAACAAAGGCGAGUUAUCUCCCCGGAUUUGUAAUACUAGAAAUUAGAAAGAGAUAUAUAUCAACACAACCUGUUAUUAGUUAGUUUAAAUAUUUCGUUCUUUCAUUUACCAAUAAAAGCUGCGAAAUCAUUAUGUAAAAAUGCAUUUUAGAUUUUUACAUAUAGUUCUUUAUUUAAAUUUUGUAAAUAUUUAUUUUAGAUUUUUAGAUUGUAAUCAUUAUUAGUUACUUUGUAACUGAAUUUUGAAGGAUAUGUUCUAGAUUUUUAUAUCGUUUUGUGAAUAUGCUUUUGCCAUUUGACAUCCUUUACUUAAUAGUAAUUCUUUGUAAAUAUUAAAUUAUGUUUUUUAGAUUUUUAUAUAGUAAUCUUUUGUAACUAAAUUUUCUAAAACUACGUUCAAUAUUUUUGGCACAAAAAGCCUUUUAUCUUUUAACGGAUAAUUUUGUAAAUAUAAUUACAAAUGUACUGU